CCCGGCAACGCCGCAACAGCGGGCGGGGAGCGGGCUGGGCCCCUCCGCUCCCGGCCCCGCACGAGGGAAGGGUCGGGGCGGUGCCGGGAGGUUCUGAGGGGUUCGGGGAGUCGCUGUCGCGGUGCCAGGGAGGGAGAGCGGGGCACGGGAGAGCCUUUCCCCGUCAGGUGAGUCUCAGCGGACGGGACGGGCGGAGCGGGGUCGGAGGAGCCGAGGGGUCUCUCCCCGCUGGGUGCGGUGAGUCUCGGGCAGGGGACAGCGCGGGGUCGGGGACCAGGGUUCUUCCCCGUGAGGUGAGCGGGGUCUCGGGGCCGGCGCUGACACCCGCUGUGAGCCGAAGGGCCCGGGUGGCCUGGCCGGGGGGAGGCGGUGGAGCCCAGCUAAGGAAAACCGGGAUUUAAUGGUUUUUGCAUGACUCGUACCGCGCCUAAACCCGAGGGCAGCUCGGCCAGCCGCUGCCAGCCCGGCUGGCUCAGCUCCCGCGCCGCUCCGGGCUUUGCUGUGGUUAAUCUCUUUUCCUGGUGGAGCUCUGUAGCCGGUCUCCCAGCAGCUGUGCACGCAUAUAAUUAACUGCAUAAAAUCCAUUAACAAGCAGCUCUGCAGAAUAGUUCCUAAAUGUGUUUUCUAUAAGUGGAUAAUUGUAACUUCUCUUUAUUUUUUAGUUUGCUGUUGUCCUACAUACAAUAUAAAUUAUCAUUUUAGUUGCUGACAAUACCUAAUAGUGUUUGUUCCUAAGGCUCUAAUGCUUUUUAUUUUUAACAAGGCUAAAUUUGUUCAUACAAUGGAUACACACAUCAGGAAAACGGCAUGGUUGUUGGACAAUGAUCAAUAUUUGGAAAAAAUUGGGUUGACAGAAUUCCAUCUACAGGGUGAUCAUCCACCAUGGCAGGAUUUUGCUGUGCCUCAUCCAGGACCAGAUAAUGGAUUGCUGGGAACACAUAGCAGCAAGACACAAGAUGUGCUGGUAGGCGAGGUUUCCUACAAAAUGGAGCAGCUGGUACAGUAAUGCAUACCCACUGUAAAUUCACAGUGGGGAAUAAAUAAACUGAUAGACAACUAAUAUGCUUCCUUACAUACAUUUGCAUAUACACACAGACAGUUUGAUGGUGUGAUCACUCAUGUCAUGAAACUGCAUGUAGUUUCUCUGCAGAAAUGGAUCUGAGAACAAAUUGGGCAAAACAAUAAAUGAGAUCAGCUGUUGAUACUACAUUUUUCCUCCAAAAGGCAGAAGCCAAGUUCAAACUCUGAGUUGUGUUUGGGAGAUGCUUAUUUUUAUUCCUCUCUGGUAAAUCACUGGGGUAUUUAUUUCUUUUAUUGAGCUCUCCUAUUUAUUGUCUUCAUUCCUGUCUGCUCUAAACUAAACUCUCUUUUCCCUUCCUUUAGCUCACAGUCUGGGGGUAUUGUGAAACCUUAUUUUCCUUUGUACCUCACAUUCAAAAGAGUAUUCCAGUACAUAAAAUUAUGUUUUUGGACAUGCAUUGCCUAGCAGCAACUCUCCUUAGGACUUAGGUUUUUGUCACAUUUAAACAGCACAUUUAAUUUCUCAUACUGCGUGUAAUUUUUUUCUAACUUGAUCUGUAGAAAGGACAAAUGAAGAAAACACAGUCUCAAAAGGUUCAAACAACAGAAGAAUGGAUAAGAAACUACAGUUUGGAAUCCUUGCAAUUAACAUUAGAGUAUCUGGUAAAUGAAGGCAAUAUUAUUUUGUAAGUACAACACUGCCUUUUCUCUAGUCAGUCUUAACUUGUGUGCAUCUCUGGUGUUAACCAUGCAUAGUGCUCCAGGAAUUCAGGAGAUGGUGGUGGAGUGAUGGAGUUUACAGAGGAGACUCUUACUGAUUUUGAAUCCAGACUUUCUGAAGUGAUUGAGCUCUAUCAGCACCGAAUUCAGUGGCUGUUGCAGGACAGCAGAAAGGUGUUCGGUGUUAUAAAAGGAACUAAAGUCGGACUUUUGGUUGAUGUGUCUCAUUUGAGUUAUGGACCUCGACUAUUGGAUUUUCAAAAGAACCUUUUGGCUACAUGAAGCAAGACAGUGGGUACAAGAGCUGGAGCCUGGUCAAGGCUGCAAUUUGCUGAAAGCCUUAAGGCAUGUCCUUCCAAUGAGAGAACUGAAUUCCUUGGUUCUUAUUGUAGGAAGCUGCCCUGAUCAGUCUUUUGAAAUACUGUGUGAUUAUGCUCAGCAGUGUAUGCUGGGGAGAAAAGUGCAGAUUCACACUGUUACAUAUGAUUGCAGCAACCCUGCUUCCCUUGCAGUUCUGAAGAAUCUUGCAGCAGCUGUAAGAGGCCGUUAUCAUUGCUACUCUUCCAAGGAAGAGAAUUUUGAUAGCAGUGAUUUUCAUCUGCUACUUCAGGAAUCCCAGAAGGCUAAGGACCUACUCAAGAGCAUCAAACAGAGUUUUUCCAGAGUUGGUGGGUUGCUUGGUAGUAAAAGAGCAGAUGUUUCCACAGCAUUUGCAAAUACAGCACCUUCUAGCUUCUUCCCAAAGCCUCCAAAUCACAAAGCACCAUUGGUUAUUCAAACACCAGGCAUCCUGUCCAAAACCUCAGCAGACUGGUUAAAGACGUAUGGAUUGAAAGCUAAAAAGUUAGACCUUUAUCAAGUUCUGGCUCCCAACGCUUUCUCUCCUGUGGAAGAUUUUGUACCAAUUCUUAAAAAAACAGUAUCAUCAACUCUGCAUGAGAAAGUGAUGAUGCAGUUUGAGUGGUAUGAUGGAACUGUAAAACAUAUCCAUGUUGACCUGCCACUAUUGUACAACUAUCAGAAACUCCUUGCUAAAAUGGUAGGAAUUUAUGAGAAACGAAUUGACUGGCUAUCUGUUGCUAGUAGAAGAAUAUGGGGAAGUGUUUGUGAAAGAAGGGUGGUUGUACUUGUUGAUAUAUCAGUGACAAACUCUACCUACAUCUCUCAUAUCCAACAUUGUUUGCGACUUUUACUCGAGGAACAAAUGUCAAAUAAGGAUUGCUUCAAUAUUAUAGCAUUUGGGAGUGACAUUGUGCCUUGGCAGCAGGAACUGUGUCCUUCCCAACCAGAAAACUUAGAAAAGGCUUGGAGGUGGGUGUUGAGCUUGGAGUGCAAGGGCAGUAGAAAUUUCAUGAGUGCACUCAGAAGAGCUGUGGAGGUUGACUUCAAAGACAGUGAUAAACACAAAUCACAGGGACUCUACCUGCUGACUACUGGAAUACCUGAUCAGGAAACACACACAAUCAGUGCUUACGUGGCUGAGGCGUGCAGAGGUUUGGAUUUGCAGCUCCAUGUCUGUCUGUUCAGUGUAACAGAGGGCACUGACUGCAGUGGGGUUAUUCCAGCCCGCUAUGCCAACCCCAGGGAAACUGCCAGUGCUUUUAAAGACAUUGCACAGGCAGCCAGUGGGAGGUUUCACUGGUUUGGAGAAGCAGGUAUUUUUGAAAGUGAUGAUAUUACCAGUAUUAUAUCUGAAAUGGAAAAAGCAAAGAACUACUCCCAAAAGUGUGCAUUCCUGGUGGAGUCCUUAAAGCAACGCUCAGUAAAUCAGUCUGUGAAACCCCUCACAGCAGGAGACUCAAAUGUGCUUGUAAAGAAUGAGAAAAAAAAGCCACAGAAGGUGCCAUCUCCUAAAGCCACAGCUGUGCUUAAGGAUGUUAAAGACAACCAUGGUGCAGAGGGAAAUACUCCUGUAAGAGUACUGGCAUGGCGUCCUCCCAGUGCCAGAGCAGGAAUUCCACCAGCACAAACAGUUAAAGAAUGGCCUCAGACUGAGAAUAAAGGAAAGCACAAACCCAGGAAGCAGCCAGAGCUUUCUGUGUCUGUAUUUUACACUGAAGAAGGAAGAAAUGUGGGUACAAUAUAUCAGAGGUAUCCAAAGGCAGUGUGUGUAACAAAAUCUGUUUGCUCUGUCAAAUUGCCAGAGGAAGAGGAAAUCUGUUCAAGCAAAGAGUGGCUGACCAAGUACAGUAUUAAAAAGCUUAAACUGGAAUUGCCCAGACUGAUGUUUGCUCCAAGCUGUACCCACCAGAAGACAACUGUGGAGUGUCUGCACAAGAAAGUAUCAGCAAAAUACUGUUCUAUCUUCCCCAGUGCAGAAAUCAAUGGGGUUGUGAAACAUCUGCAGUUUCAGCCUAGAGAACUGGAAGCCUUCACAGAGCAGCUGGAGAAGGUGCUGCAGCGCUAUAUCCAGAGAGUGCAGUGGCUGCUCUCAGGAAGCCGAAGAUGGUUUGGUACCAUUUUAGAAGCAAAUGUCUGUGUUUUGAUUGAUACAUCUGGCUCCAUGGGCCCAUAUUUGUCAUCUGUCACCAAAGAACUUACCUCCCUUAUCUGGGAACAGCUGAGAAAAAAUGAAGUCAGGUUUAACCUGCUGAGAUUUGCAGAAAAUACUGAGAGUUGGAAGGAGUAUCUGGUAGAGGCAACUGAUGAGAACUGCCAUGGUGCUGUGCAGUGGGCUUCCACGUGCCAUGCUCAUGGGAACUCCUGCAUCCUUGCAGCUUUACAGAAGGCUCUCAGUUUCCAAGGUGUAGAGGCACUGUAUCUAUUGACUGAUGGAAAACCAGACACCAGUUGCAGUCUGAUUUUGAAAGAAAUUGAAAGAUUGAUAAGGAAACAAGAUAUUAAAAUCCACACCAUUUGUUUUAGCUGUGCAGACAGAGGAGCUGUUGAAUUCCUGAAGAAGCUUGCUUCCCAAACAGGAGGGCGCUUCCACUGCAGUUCUGGAGGUGAAGAUGGACAAUUAGCAGCACACAGAAUAUUGACAGAGGGGAUGGAUGAUGAAGAUAAUCCAGUUUUCCCUUACUUUGAAGGAGAUGAUUUAAAUAAACUUACUCAAGAAGUAGCAAAAGCUAGAAGUUUCUUAAAGCAGGCAAAAUCUUGGAGAUUAUUGCUUGAAAAAUGGAACACAAACCGAAAAGGCAGCUCUGGCUUCCAAAACAGAGUUCAGGAUUAAAUUUUCGAUGAAGAAAAGAUGCUGAAGAGGUUUGGAAUCAUACCAUUCACCUGCUUCUUUUCAAAGUGUGUUCACAUCUUCAAGCAGAAAGAAAGAUGAUUUUUUUCUUUGUUGUCACAACUGUUGGCAAGACAAGAAGUUGCAGGUGAUCAGUGCUGCACUCAACUCCACUUGCAGAUUUUUCAGGAUUCAAAGUAAAUUAAGCCCUGAACUCUACAAAGUUUAAAAAUAAGUAGAGAAUAGUUUUCAAUAUAGCUAAUAGAAAUUUUAAAAGUGUAUGUAUCAGUAGUGAUACAGGAUCACAACUUUUAUUUCUCUUUUACUGCAUUGUAUUUAUAAUCUCUUCAAUUAGUUGCUGGUGUGUCUAAAUUGUCUUUUUUGUCUGUUGGUUUGAGAAUUCUUUGCUGGUGCUUAUUAUCCCUGACAGAUGGGACAUAUGGCUGUGAUGUCAGGAAAGGAAUUCUUUAUGACAGUUUUGCAUAGAAAGUCCAAGAAAUAACGUUAGUGCAGAAACCAAAGCCUGUAAUUCAUGGUUUUAUACAGAGAAGUUUUUGCUAAUAAUUAUUUCGACUCUUCACUUUUUGUGUUGGCAAUAAAGAAAGAUUUAGAGCUGAUGGUACAGGAAUGAUGAGACAUGCAAGAAAGUAAUACCCUGUUACUGAUGUAGUCUGGUUGUGUUUUUAUAACCAGACACUGCCUAUCUUCUGAGCAAUUCUGUUCUUAUAUAUUUCCUGUCUGGAAAGAUUAAAAAUAUAUUUGCCAGUAUCAGCUGAUUUGUGAAAUAUACUUGUUUUUUACUGAUUUCUGGAACGACAGCUCACUGGUAUUUUGUAGAUGUUCACUGUUGUCUUUUAGAGGGUUAGAAAAUCAUCUCUUGUGUUUAAUAUAUGUAAUAUAAUAAAAAUUGAUUCAUACUUCAAAAUUAAGAUACUUGAUCUGCAUUUAUUCAGGAGCUGUUUCCUUCUCUUGUGUGCCACUGGGUUUGCUGUGAUAUGGGAGAUUGUGUCUUUUCUGCCCCUUUACCUCUUUUGUCUCUAUUAUAAAGAAUUUUAAAUUAUUUCUAUCAUAAAUGUAUCUAUUUAGUGUUGUAUGCUCUGAACCAGGUGACACCUGCCUUCAUGUUAGUGCCAGCCUUUACUGGAAUGCUGCAGUUAAACUGUGCUUUGUGCUGUGCUUCACUUUCUGUGAUUUUUUAUGUGGAUGUGUGUAACUGCUGAGAUGAUUUCUCUCAAAAGUUCUCUCCUUUUGUAAGUGUGUUCAGCCUGUGCAGCCAAAGCCUUGUGGUCUCGCAGGCUGGUCCAGCCCUGCUACCUCCUCAGAGCAGCUCCUGCCUUUAAAACACAGAUUCCAUCUCCUUGCUACCUACCUGGAAACUCCCAUCCUGCCUGCUCCCCUCGGGCUGGGGGCUGCUCAGCCAGGAAGGCUCAUCCAGGAGAUGCCUCAGUGGGGCUGACCUGAGGAAUCCUCAGUGACUUCAGUGUCCAUCUGUCAGCUCUGAGUCAUUUGCUUUCCUGGUCGGUGCUUGCUGGAAUGCAACCCACUGUAUUCAAGACAUAAUAAAAGAGGAG